UGUAAAUUUUUCGUUGAAAAGCCGACACUGGAUUCGGCAACUGGGUAGGGCAACUGGGCGACUCUACACAUUCGGACUUCGAGCUGCGAGCAUUGAAAUUCCCUAGUUGUACAGUUGUAGUCGAUCGUAACUCUGUCGUUACAGUUAGACCAUGUGAUUGUGAUUUUUGGCAAUAUUUUUUCUUCAAGGUUGAAAAAUUAGUUCGAGGUAUUUUCGUUUUAUCGAAGAUAAUUUUAAAAUAAUGAACAUUGUGCCGCUUUGGUGAUAAUUCCAUACUUACCUAUCUAAAAUUUAGUCUCUGUCUCCUUCCGCCCUCCUUCCCUCCAAAAUCAAAAUCGAAUUCAUCAUUAUAAUACUCGACACUGCUGGUAUUUUUGAAAUCAUCGGCAUCGUAGAAGAAUGGAAAUGUCACAGGGAGCCAAUAAUCGAUCAGCUGGUUUUACGCCAGUAUCAACUCAGUCACAAGCUUAUGCGCCUGCAGGUCUCCAGAGCCUUAUUAACGUCGAUCAUUUAUUCGUGAAACAACAAUAUGAGCGAUUGGAAGCAUUCACCGGGUUUGAAACAUGCAACAAGUAUGUUGUCAAAGACCAGCAAGGCCAUGACGUAUUCUACGCGUUUGAAGAGGAUGAUACCUGUGCUCGAAUGUGUUACAGUGCUUCGCAGAGACCAUUCGAAAUGAGCAUAUUGAAUAAAGAUCAAGUCGAAGUUAUCCAUGUACGUCGUGAUGUUGAUUGUUCUUGUUGUGGUUCUCAUCAGUUAUUGGAAGUAUAUUCGCCUCCUGGUAAUUUCAUUGGCUCGAUAGAACAAAAUUUCACCAUAUUUACUCCGGAAUUCGAUGUUAAAAACGAAAGCGGCGAAGUUGUGCUGAGAAUCGAGGGUCCUCUGAUCCGAAGUGCUGUAUUUAGUGAUGCUGAAUUUAAAGUCAUGACCGUCGAUAAAUCAGCUGUGAUUGGUAAAAUUUCAAAAACAUGGAGCGGCUUAGCCAGAGAAUUAUUUACUGAUUCUGACUUUUUCGGUAUCACGUUUCCUGCCGACUUGGAUGUUCGCACGAAAGCUAAAUUGAUUGGUGCCUGUUUUUUGAUUGAUUUCAUGUACUAUGAAAGCUGAACGUUGGCGAUGUAAUGAAGAAAGAGUGACGGAUAAAUAUGAUUUGAAGAUUGAAUGACCGUUUCUGUGUUCGGUAUUAUUCCAGCUGAGUUCGUUUUGUUUGGAUUUUUUUUUUUUGGUAUUGAAAUUCAUUAUUAUGAGUUUGAGUGUUUGUUCAGCAUUUAAUAAUUAGGUAUUAGAUUAUGUUUUUUUUUUUUACUUUUUAUAUCGUCGUUUAUUUUUAAUUUUAUUCUCGUAAAAAUCUACAUAUUUGUAGUCUAUGCCUUAAUUUACAGCUAAAGUGUCUAACAAUAAGUAUUUUCUAAGAAUCAAUUUAUGUUACGGAAUUAUUUUUUUACUUUCGUGUAAAACGUACUUGUUUGAAAACCCUACGCUUCGUAACAUUGUUGCCUUAAUUUGAGACAAAUCAGACAAAUGUUUUAAUCUGAAAAUAAUAUGUAGAUAUCUUUUUAAUAUCCCAUUAUCGCCAUACGUGUAAAAAAACAUCAUUAUCAGUUAUAAAUUCUUUGAUACAUAA